AUGCGCAGCGCCGUCCAGCAGCCUCCCACUUCCGGCGACCAAAGGCGUCGCUCGGUUCAGGAGGACCGUCCCACGCCCGGGAGGACUCGCUCGGGGUGCAAAACAGCUGCCGCUCUAUCCGGAGGCGCCUCUAUGGUGAUAAAAUAUGAAACUGGGACUUUUUUUUCUGUCUUCAGCCACAAGAAGUACAGAGCACUUCUGAAGAAAGAGAAACGAAAGAAAAAAAGACAAUUAUUGGCAAGACUGAGAGAUUCAGAAGAAGCAGAGAAAGAUGCACAAGUUUCUGAAGAGGAAGAGCUGGGUGAAGAAGAAAAACUGCUUGAAAUGGAAAGGCAAAGACUGCAUGAGGAGUGGUUGCUGAGAGAAGAAAAGGCUCAGGAAGCUUUCAUGAUCAAGAAGGAAAAAGAAGAGGCAGCACGAAAACGUCAGGAAGAAGAAGAGCAAAAAAUAAAAGAAGAAUGGGAAGAGCAGCAAAGGAAAGAACAAGAAGAGGAGGAGCGGAAACAACAAGUGAAGAAAGACAGAGAGGAGGCUGUGCAGAAAAUGUUGGACCAAGCAGAAAGUCAGCUGGAAAAUGGAACUGCAUGGCACAACCCAGAACCUCCAGAAAAUGUAGGAACAGAGAAAGAUCGAGCCAAUUGCCCAUUCUAUAUUAAGACAGGAGCUUGCCGAUUUGGAGACAGAUGCUCUCGGAAACAUAACUAUCCAAGCUCCAGCCAGACGCUCCUUAUCAGGGGUAUGUUUGUUACUUUUGGGAUGGAACAAUGUAAAAGAGAUGACUAUGACACAGAUGCAAGUCUGGAGUACAGUGAGGAAGAAAUCUACCAGCAGUUCUUAGACUUCUAUGAAGAUGUUCUUCCGGAAUUCAAGAAUGUGGGAAAGGUUAUUCAGUUCAAGGUCAGCUGCAACUUCGAACCUCAUCUCCGGGGAAAUGUAUAUGUUCAGUACCAAUCAGAACAAGAAUGUCAGGAAGCUCUUGCUUUAUUCAAUGGUAGAUGGUAUGCCGGGCGGCAGCUUCAGUGUGAAUUUUGCCCAGUAACAAGGUGGAAAACAGCUAUUUGUGGCUUAUUUGAAAGACAGAAGUGCCCAAGAGGGAAGCACUGCAAUUUUCUUCAUGUAUUCAGAAAUCCAAACAAUGAGUUCUGGGAAGCCAACAGAGAUAUUCAUAUUUCUCCCGAAUGGACUAAACAUACUGGUAAAAACUCUGAAAGGAGAAAUAGAUCAGGCUACUAUGAAGACUAUUAUAGCCGGUCAAGAAGAAGAAGCAGUCCGAGUUCAGAUCAUUCCUACAAAAGAAAUGGCGAGUCGGAGAGAAAAAAGAGUCAUAAGCAUAAGAAAAGGCACCUUCCUGAGAGCGAAGAGAGCUAUGGAAGACGAGAGUCACGCAGUAAGAAGAGACAGCGGAGUCGCAAUAGGAGUUGGACACAUAGUCGUAGCAGAAGUUCCUCUCGGUCAAGGAGUAGAGGCAGGAAAAGGUCCAGUAGUAGAGGAAGAAAUAGUUGAAUUACUGCUGAAGAAUGACUUUUCAAGG